AUGACUAUCUCCAAGCCUCCAUCGCCAAACAACCUCGACAAUGCCGGAAUCACCUCCUCCAGCCAGGCCGGUAGGGGACAUACCAACGUGACCGGCGUGGACAAAGAAGCCCUCUGGAACGAGUUUGACUUUCUCAAAAACCUCGAGCCUCCAAGUGAAUGGGCCGAAACCAUUCUCAACCGAGAGUACCACGGCCGACGGCCCGUCAAGGUGGUCAUUUCGGGCGCUGGGCUGUCUGGAAUCACCACCGGUAUCCUCAUCAACGGCAAAGUGGACGAUGUCGAUCUGACCAUCCUGGAGCGAAACGAAGAGGCCGGAGGAGUGUGGUUCAAGAACACUUACCCGGGCGUGCGAUGCGAUGUUCCCUCCCACUCGUACCAACUCUCCUUCGAUCCCAAAACAGACUGGAAGAGCGUCUAUGCCUACGGAGAAGACAUCAAAAAGUACUGGCAGAGUCGAGCUGAAAAGUACGGCAUCUCAGAUAAGAUCAAAACCCAACAGAACAUCCUCGAAGCUAAAUGGGACCAGGAGGACGGCCAAUGGCACAUUCUGGUAGAAGAUCUCACCAAACCCCAUCAGGAUCAGUACACAGUCAAGGCCGACUUCUUCAUCUCGUCCUCAGGAACCCUCAACCAGCCCAGAUACCCUCCCACACAGCCCGGAUACGACAAGUUCAAGGGCGAAAAGUUCCACCCAGUCAAUUGGCCCAAGGGACUUUCUCUUGAGGGCAAACGGGUGGCUUUGAUCGGAAAUGGAGCCACUGGUGUACAGCUCCUCCCCCAGAUCGCACUCCAGGCUGCUCAUGUUGAUCACUACACCAAACGAGGUGUUUGGAUCGGCCAUUCUCUAUAUGGAUCUCGAGUUCCUGGAUACGUGGAUUACACGCAGGAAGAGAUUGACGAGAUUCAACAGUCUUCCGAGUACCACAAGUUCCGAAAACAGCUGGACGAGGCUCUUUUGGGUAACUACGGCGGCUCCUUCUUUGGAACAGAAUCCUAUAAGGGCCUCAUAAAGGAGCUACUGGCAAUCAUGUUUAUUCGAGUGGGUAAGGACCUGGAGCUGUUCAAGAAGGUGGUACCUAAUUACCCCCCUGGAGCCCGACGUCUUCUUCCUGCUCCCGGAUAUCUCGAGGCUCUGACUCGAGAAAAUGUUUCUUAUCAUCUUGGAGACAUUCAGGAGUUUACUGAAAAGGGUAUCAUUGGUCCUGAUGGCGUAGAACGAGAAGUUGAUGUCAUUAUUGCCUCUACUGGCUAUGUUCGAGAUGAUGGAGCUGGAGUGACCCCCAACUACGAAAUCUACGGCCAGGAAGGAUACACUCUUCGCCAGCAUUUCAACCCUCCCGAAUCCAAGCUUGGAUAUUCCGCGUGCUACCUUGGACUGGCAGCUCCUCACUUUCCCAACUUCUUCUACACACUGUCCGUCAACUCUUACAUUUACUGUGGAACAGCUCCGUUUGGAGUCGAGUUGCAGGCCACAUACAUCGCCAAGGCUAUUCGAAAGGCCCAGCUGGAAGACAUCAAGUCGCUUGUUCCCUCGGUGCGAGCCUCUGUGCUCUUCAACCGACGAAUCAAUGAGUUCUCCAAGACGUCAUGUGUGUGUCGAGGCAUUGAUGGAUACUACACUGAGCGAGACACUGAGGGCAAUGUGCGUCUCAAGGGUUCUUGGCCCGGAACCAUGACCCAUGCUCUGAGUAUGCUGCGAGAGCCUCGAUGGGAAGAUUACGACUACGAGUACCUCAAUCCUGAUGAUCCCUUCUCGUACUUUGGAUCUGGAAAGACGUGGAUUGAUGACCAUGAUGGAGACAAGACUUUCUACCUCACCGAGCCCGGUAAGGUGUCUGUUCGUAACGUCCAUGAGGGCUGGGUGUCAUUGUCUCGGCAUCAUGCCCCCAACUGUUCUCACAAUGCUGACGAACAUAUUGAAGAUGGACCCAAGGCCAAUGGGCAUGUUAAUGGUCUCAAAUCGAAGGUUAAUGGGGUCUAG